UAUAUACCUACCUUUUUCAAAACCUCAGCUAAUCUACAACACCACCACUGAUUUUCCCCCAACAAUCCACUAUUUUCUCUGUAAAAUCUCAUCAAUUUAGUCUUCCUCAAUCAAGCUAUUCCCACAAGAAAAAAAAUCUAUGAACCAACCCAACAAAUCUAUAACCCUAACAUUCUCUUCUACAACAUUCUCAAAACCCCAAUUCAAUUCGAUUCCUCAUGGCGGCAGUAUCCGUCGCUGCCGAGUGGCAGCUCCUCUACAACCGCUACUACCGUAAGCCCGAAAUCUAUUCAAUGCAAUGGAAACACAUCGACCUCAGCCGCAACAAGGUCGCCUGCGCCUCCUUCGGUGGACCAAUCGCCGUCAUCCGUGACGAUUCCAAGAUAGUCCAACUCUACGCCGAAUCCUCCCUUCGAAAGCUCCGAAUCUUCAACUCCGCCGGCAACCAGAUCUCCGAGACAGUGUGGAGAAACCCCGGUGGCCGAUUGGUUGGGAUGGCGUGGGCCCAUGACCAAACCCUAGUUUGCGUCACCCAGGACGGUACCGUUUAUCGGUACAACAUUCAUGCCGAGCUGCUUGAACCCAACAUUUCAAUGGGUAAUGAGUGUUUUGAGCAUAGUGUGGUGGAGUGUGUGUUUUGGGGCAAUGGAAUGGUGUGUAUCAACGAGGCCAACCAGGUGUUUUGCAUUCAGGAUUUCGAGAAUCCGAUGCCGUGCAAGCUGGCUGACACCAAUCUCGAGGAGUUGCCUCUCUGCGUGGCGGUGAUUGAGCCGCAGCAUACUAUGUCAGAGAAUGUGGAGGUGUUGCUUGGUGUGGAGGAUCAUGUGUUGUUGGUUGAGGAGGAUGGGGUUCAGCAGUUGGGUGCUGGAGUAGGACCACUGCAGAAAAUGGUGGUGUCGCGCAAUGGGAAAUUGUUGGCAUCAUUUACGCAUGAUGGGCGGCUUCUGGUUAUGUCCACAGACUUCUCAAAGAUCAUUUUUGAGUACAGUUGUGAGUCAGCCCUUCCUCCAGAGCAGCUAGCUUGGUGUGGAAUGGACAGUGUAUUACUUUACUGGGAUGAUAUGCUUUUGAUGGUGGGUCCUUUUGGAGAUCCUGUGCGCUACCUUUACGAUGAACCGAUUAUUCUUAUCCCAGAGUUUGAUGGAGUGAGAAUACUUUCUAACACAAGUAUGGAAUUUCUACAACGAGUUCCAGAUUCUACAGAAUCUAUUUUUAAGAUUGGGAGCACAUUACCUGCAGCUUUACUAUAUGAUGCGUUGGAUCAUUUUGACCGGCGCAGUGCCAAGGCUGAUGAAAAUUUGAGAUUGAUACGUUCAUCUUUACCCGAGGCUGUUGAAGCAUGUAUUGAUGCUGCCGGUCAUGAAUUUGAUCUUUCACGGCAACGGACCCUGCUAAGAGCUGCAAGUUAUGGCCAAGCUUUUUGCAGCCAUUCUCAACGUGAUUGCUUUCAAGAGAUGUGUAGAACUUUACGUGUCCUAAAUGCUGUACGCAGCCACGAGAUUGGCAUCCCUCUCAGUCUUGAGCAAUAUAAGAUGCUUACAUCAUCAGUUCUGAUUGGUCGUCUAAUUAAUGCCCAUCAACAUCUUCUAGCCCUGCGGAUAUCGGAGUACCUUGGUAUGAACCAAGAGGUGGUGAUUAUGCACUGGGCAUGUUCAAAGAUAACCGCGUCCUUGGCAAUUCCUGAUACCAGUCUCCUUGAAAUCUUACUUGAUAAGCUGAAAUUAUGCAAAGGCAUAUCUUAUGCCGCAGUUGCCGCUCAUGCAGAUAAUAAUGGCCGUCGGAAGUUGGCUGCUAUGCUUGUUGAACAUGAACCACGAUCCUCCAAGCAGGUUCCUCUCUUGCUAAGCAUAGGAGAAGAAGAUACAGCUCUGACAAAGGCAACCGAAAGUGGUGAUACUGACCUUGUUUACCUUGUCCUCUUUCAUAUCUGGCAGAAGAGGCCACCCUUGGAGUUUUUUGGAACAAUACAAGCCAGAUUAUUGGCACGUGAUUUAUUCAUAAGUUAUGCACGGUGCUAUAAGCAUGAAUUUCUGAAGGACUUCUUCCUAUCGACUGGGCAGCUUCAAGAUGUUGCUUUUUUGUUAUGGAAAGAGUCAUGGGAUCUAGUAAAAAAUCCAAUGGCAAGUAAAGGAUCUCCACUUCAUGGCCCACGCAUCAAACUUAUUGAAAAGGUCCAAAAUCUUUUCUCAGAAACAAAGGAACAUACUUUUGAGUCGAAGGCUGCUGAAGAACAUGCAAAAUUAUUAAAAAUGCAACAUGAGUUUGAAGUGACUACUAAGCAGGCCAUUUUUGUGGAUUCAAGUAUCAGUGAUACGAUCCGCACAUGUAUCGUAUUGGGGAAUCAUCGGGCUGCAGUGAAAGUUAAAACAGAAUUCAAGGUUUCAGAGAAGAGAUGGUAUUGGCUUAAAGUUUUUGCUUUGGCUACAAUCAGGGAUUGGGAUGCCCUAGAGAAAUUCUCAAAGGAGAAAAGACCACCAAUAGGUUAUCGACCAUUUGUGGAGGCAUGCAUUGAUGCAGAUGAGAAAGGUGAAGCUCUAAAAUAUAUCCCAAAACUGGCAGAUCCCCGAGAGAGAGCUGAGGCCUAUGCUCGAAUUGGCAUGGCCAAAGAAGCUGCAGAUGCUGCAUCUCAGUCUAAGGAUGGUGAGCUGCUUGGGCGGUUGAAGUUGACUUUUGCACAAAACGCAGCAGCUUCAUCCAUUUUUGACACUCUUCGAGACCGACUGUCCUUCCAAGGCGUUUCUUAGUCUUGUUUCCGCUCACUAUUUUCGUUCCCUCUAUUUCCUUUCGUGUUGCAUGUGUAUUAUGCUUUUCAUAAUGCGGUGAAUACAGAGCAGACUGUUUCCCUUUCUGGUAUCGUGUUCACAUGGUUGAAGCUACAACCCUUCAAGUUGUUCCCCAUCCCCAUCAUCGAGGAAGCUGUCCAAGGCACAUAUGUUUAUUUAUUUUUAGUUUUCUUUAUAUAAUUAGGUAAUUGUAUUUGUAGGAGCAGUGAUUCUCAUUUUAACAAAGAUUCUCUAGAUCAUGUUAAUAUGAGAAAGCCCUUUGUUUGA